AAGAUAGAUACCUAUUACUCGACAGAUAACAGGUUUCCUACCAUUACACAGCAGAUAAUAGGUUUCCAUUUGUUGUUAAAGAGUAUAUGCAUAAAUAUUUUAUGAGAAGCCUAUAGAGUAGGAGCCAUCAACACCUUAAGAGGAAGAAGGGCGAACCUCUAUAAUCCGGAUGAAUCAGUGUCUAUUAACAUAAUUUUAUAUCAAUAUUUUUCGUUUCAAAACUUAAAUUUUAGGUAAUUUUCAAAGCAUAUCCUUUACUAUGUAUAUGUAUGUAUAAACUGUUAGAUAUAGCUAGACUUUUUUCAGAUUUGGCCAAAUAGUAACAUUUCGAUAAGAUUAUUAAGAGGAAAAAGGAUAGUAGAGGAAAAGAAGGAGAGACGAGGUAAAGGAUAGUUUGGAGGGUGGAAUGGUGAAUAAAAGGAAGCUGGAGAAGGGUGUAAUAGCAACGGGAAAUGAAACGGGUGCGGGUGGAUCUGCGUGAUGGUGCUCGUCCUCGGCUCCCCGGGACGCGAGCAACCGUUUGCUCCCUCGUGAUAACGUCACGCGGAGCAUGUGUAGUAGAGGGGUAGCAUUCGCGACGUUAGUUCGAUACCGAACGCCGUGGCGUUCGGAUUGUCCAAAACGUUUGUGUUCUUUUCAUUUCGAUCUUUUCCGCUUUGACACGCGUAUUUUAUUCGUUUUACAUUAGAAAUCGAGGACGUUCGAAAUACGAAAACGUAACUUUGUUGUCGGUUAGUCACGAUAUGCGUAUUUUCAAAACGUCUUUGACAUCACGCAUCCCCUUCUGGUACAUACGCAAGCAAAAGAAGAGGGAACUAUUUCAUCGUUGUUCUUUCUCGCGAACAGACAAACGCAAGGAUAGUAGCAGAAGACGAAUACGGAGACAAAUAGAUACGGGUCAAUAGACUAUCAAAGGAGGAUAAGCGUGGGCGAGCGGUAAAUAGGGUUGCAGGCACAUGGCCGGAAACUCUUUCCGCUGGCUCUGGUCGUGGAUCUCAAUGGUGAUCCUGCCCGGCUAUUUGCUUCCUUUGAAUAGCGAACAAAUUCCAUGUGUUUCUUACGUACCGACUACAACCGAAGUCAACGAUGAUCAAUUUCAAACGGAAAUAAUGGUGUUUUUGAGAGAAUACUGCGACGACAUUGAGACGAAUUCGACGGAUAUCCAAGAUUACUUGGAUCGAUCUAAUUUCGACGUACAAAUUACCAUUAUACCCUCCUCUCAAUCCUGCGAAACUAGAACCUGGGGUCUCGAUGCCUUGUUACGAGUACUUGGACAAAGAAGGGUGAAAGCUUUGGUAGCCGCGCUUGACUCGCCAAUGUGCGAAGUUACUGUUAAACUUGCACGCCUCUGGAACAUACCGCUUUUCACAUGGACCUGUCCCUUAACAGAUUUGGAAGAAAGAGAAUUCUCGUCCGUCGUCAGAUUAUCUCCCUCCUUACCGAUGAUAGCGAAAGCCUUAACAGAGAUGCUGAUUCAUUUACAGUGGAAGAGUGUAAUGGUAAUAGGAACAGAUCGCGAACCAUGGUUAAGUCUAGAGAGAGCUCUCUUGAAUUCUCUUCGAAGCAUAGGAAGUGUAUUGCGGUAUCGCGCAAUAAUACCAUACAGAGCAUCGUUUCAAGAGAUUCGGCAAAUUCUUCGUCCUGCUUACAACAUCUCUCGUAGAGUUACCAUAUUAUGCCUUCCCACGUCUGAGGAGAACGACCUGACGUCUCGUGUUCUCAUCGAGCUGGACAUCGCGCAGCAGUCUUCCAAUUCUGUAUGGAACUCCAUGAUCAUGAUCGUACACACCGUCGACGAUGAUCUCUUUCUACCGAACACUAAUUCGUCAGCUUACAGCCUCGAUUCCACCACGUCCGUUACGUUUUCCGACUUAUUAUCCUGGAAUUUUUCAACAUUGAACGCGUCGCACGAACAAUUGAGCGUUGAUAGUCGCGAGCAAGUGGGUGAACAAGAGAAGCAACGAGAUGACGAGGAAGAAGAAUAUAAAGAAGAAAGAGGAGAGGAGGAAGAAGAGGAGGAAGAGGAACAGGAACAUCAACAACAACCACAACGACGAAGACGACGACGUCGAAGGAGGCGACGACGACUGUUACAGCAGAAAUUACAAACUUCGGAGAACGAACAAAUCGAUGAACGUCGAUUCUUCCCGCCAAAGAAUUUAAGCUCUGCUUUCCUAGAAAGAUUAUUGACAAUCACGCCACUCGAUUAUAGAUACGAUGUAGAGAAAUUGUACGAGGGCGUACAAGAGUACAUGGUACCGACGCUGAUGGACCGUUUGAACGAAACUCUCAACAUCUUACUAUACGAUGACAAUUCCAGUAUAAAUGCCUUCAAUAACAAAAUUUAUACGUAUGUUUUGCUGGAUUGGCGCAAUGAUGUUUGGAAGCCCAUCAUGAUCACUAUCGAGAGACGAGAAAAGUUAUCCGUCCGGAGAUUAUCUACUAACGCCGUAGCGUUCCGCGAUACGAAGGAUACCGAUCUUUUCAAAUGUAACGUAGACGGCAAUGUGUACGCCAUUUUCGAUUGCACGGAGGAUACUUCGGACGAAUCAGCCUUUCGUAUCGCGCACAUCGUGAGCAUCGUUCUGGGAUCGAUGUUGCUUACCGUGGUCGCGAUAUUGGCAGCUCUUCUAAUUAGGAAAAGGCUGGUUACGAGGCGGAUGUCGAAAGGGCCGUACAAGAUCAUAUUAACAACGUCGGAUUUCGUAUUCCCUCAAGUGGCUCCUCAGCUGGAUGCUAGAAGGGUGGACGAGAGCAUCGAAACGAUGCUGUGCUGUUGGUUGCAACAACUUCAAGAAUUCGGUGGUCCCGACAUGGAGAAGCCUGAUCUCCUCCAACUGGGAAGCGUGUCCUCGUUGAAACCAUGCUUGAAGACAAGCACCGGGAACCUCAGUCGUCACGGUUUCUUCAAAGACCCGCGUGCCAGAUACAACGGUGAUUUGGUACAACUAAAAGAACUGCCAGGUCAGGGGACGUUUGAAUUAAAGAGCAAGGCUAUGGACGUGCUGGUGAUGAUCCACGGGUUGCGACACGAAAAUCUGAAUCCCCUGAUAGGAUGUUUGAACGAACCGACGAGGCCUUGUCUCGUCUACGAGUACUGUUCGAGAGGAUCGUUGGAAGAUGUAUUGAUGCAGGAUGAGAUCAAGCUCGAUUGGUCUUUCAGAUUGUCCUUACUCACCGAUCUUGUGCGAGGUAUGAGAUAUCUUCAUGGAACGCCAGUGCGAGUACACGGUUAUUUAACUUCGCGAAAUUGUGUAAUCGAUGCUCGUUGGGUUCUGAAAGUGACCGACUACGGACUACCCGCUUUCUACGAAGCGCAGAACAUUGUUCCUCCAGCAAAAACCGCUCGAGAUCUGUUAUGGACGGCACCCGAGUUGUUAAGGCAACCGAAUGUACGAAAAAGGGGAACUCAACCUGGAGAUGUUUACAGUUUUGGCAUUAUCAUGCAGGAAGUGGUAGUUCGUGGAGAACCGUUCUGCAUGCUUUCUCUCUCCCCGGAAGAGAUAAUCGAAAAAGUAAUGAAACCACCACCGUUGAUCAGACCUUCGGUAAGUAAAGGCGCCGCGCCUCCCGAAGCGAUACACAUUAUGCGUCAAUGUUGGGCAGAAGCGGCCGAUAUGAGACCCGAUUACGACGACGUUCACGAUCUUUUCAAGAAACUCAACCAUGGAAGAAAAGUCAAUUUUGUCGAUACGAUGUUUCAAAUGUUGGAGAAGUACUCGAACAAUCUGGAGGAACUUAUACGCGAACGUACAGAACAGUUGGACAUGGAAAAGAAGAAAACGGAACAGUUAUUGAAUCGAAUGUUACCGAGUUCCGUUGCUGAAAAAUUGAAACUGGGCAUGCCCGUCGAUCCUGAGGAAUUUCGAGAAGUGACGAUUUAUUUUUCGGACAUUGUUGGUUUCACCACCAUUUCCGCGCAUUCCACCCCGUUUCAAGUGGUCGAUCUUCUAAACGAUCUUUAUACCUGUUUCGAUGCAACCAUUAACGCGUACACUGUGUACAAGGUCGAAACUAUUGGAGACGCUUACAUGGUCGUAGGUGGCUGUCCGGUAAGAAUACCCGACCAUGCUACACAAAUAGCUACGAUGGCGCUCGAUUUACUGCAUCAGAGUGGAAAGUUCAAAGUGAAACACCUGCCAAAUACUCAACUGAGACUCCGAAUUGGCCUUCACACCGGUCCGUGUUGUGCCGGUGUGGUUGGCUUAACGAUGCCAAGAUAUUGCUUGUUCGGUGAUACCGUGAACACCGCGUCCAGAAUGGAAUCAACCGGUGCACCCUGGCGUAUACACUUGAGUCAAGCGACCAGAGAUCGACUCACCCAGGUGGGUGGAUAUCACAUUGAAUAUCGUGGCUCAACGGAAGUGAAAGGCAAAGGAAGGAUGCCUACUUAUUGGUUGCUAGGAAAGCAAGGUUUCGAUAAGGAACUUCCAACGCCGCCAAUUUUCGGGGAAAACAAUAGGUUAAACGAGAGUCUGAUAUUGGAGGAUCUGACCACUAAUGAUGAAACGAACGCGCCACAGGCAGAGGCGAAGGAAAGAAUCGACGGAAAAUCGGACAGUGUAUCCAUCGAGGAUGAUAAAGCUAGCGGUCCGAAUUCUUCUGGAAAAUCACCGACAAAUAUCUCUACCGUUUCGUUGAAAGAUAAGUCGAACGAAAGAGGAACCGGUAACGUAGAUCCGAGUAACGUAACGAAAAGCACCUCCGGCGAUAAUCAAGCGUCUCUUGGAGCAUCCAGCAUAUUUUAUACGGACACGACGGUUCUUGGCGCGUCUACCACUUCCCUCGCAUCGAUUUCAAGCUCAGCCACGAACCCCUUCAGACCAGCACCUCCGAGACAUCGAAGAAUAACUGGCUACAUCGACGAGAAUGACUUAAGCACCCCGUAUAAUCAUUACAGAUGCCUUUCUCCCAACGAACAGUAUGGGAGAAGUACAGGGUGUCGUUUCUUGAAAAGACAGUUCAGUUUGGAUCGGCCUGAUGAUGCUGUUUGCGCUAGCUUCAUCGAGCAAACCAGUUACCAUCAGCAACAACGACAACAGCAGCAACAAAAUCUGAACACACCUAGACUGUAUAAACAAAACAGCGCUGGCGCGGCAAACGAUUUGGAACGCAUCGAAGAAGUUCCUUCAACCCCGGCUCCUCUCUUGCAACAUUAUAGACAGGCAGCUUCGGUAUCCCUCUCUGUAGAAUCUUUGACGUUACGUUAAGAGCAUUCAGAUCGAUCAUCGUUAAGAUUCAAUGUCGCUGAAACGAGACAAUCGUCAUGUAUCGAGAAAUCGUGAACAUUUCGUGACAAGCAUCGAAUCGCCCUGUUUUGCAAGACGAGCAGGAACUCGUUGCAAAUAUCCAUCGAUGCGAAAACGAUAUGUAUGUUUAUUUUUCGUCUGUCCAUCACCGUUUCUCUACAAUUUUUCAGUCGUGGAUCGACAAUUGGACAAAAUGAAAAUUCAGAGGGAAAAAGUUUACACUCGUUAUCGCGGAUGACAAUCUCAAUUACGUACAAACGUUUGUGGGUAUAUCAAUUUUUUUAUUAUUUCACUUCUUUAUUUCUUAUUAUUCAAACGACUCGAAUAAUUACUCUUUAUGUUUAUUUCUAUACAAAUCUGCUGUGAAAGGAAUUUUUGAUACAUCUAUGAUUUUAAGUUAUGUCUUUCUCUCUUUUUUUUCUUGUUUCUUUUACUUAGUUUUUCUUAUUGGUACAACCAUACCAUCACGUUCGAAUCGUAGACAAUAAUUCGAUAACUCAUCAUGAAGGGGAACACGAUUUUCUUGGUUUUUUCCGCGUUUCCCCUCGUCCUACAACUACGCGAAUUCUAUGAAUAUAUCGAAAUUAAUGAUAAGAAUAUUAGUUGAUAUCGCAUACCAUGCAUAAAAUAUAUGGCAAAUGAAUUCCAACAGGGCACACGCGAACGUGUCUCGUGUGAUCAUGCAAUAAUUUAUGUUAAUUAUAUAUGAAUAAGUGUAUAUAAUCACGGAAUAUGUACACGCAUGGACAAAUUUGUGUGGGAAAAUUUUCAAUAAGUUCGUUUGUUUGUGACGAGAUCAUGGUAUUAAAUUGAACGUCCUGUUAAUAAAUUAUACCGACAUUGACAAAGCUUCUUACCGUGAAAAUAAAUGAGAAAAAAAAAAGAAAGAGAAGAAUACUUGAUCGGUAUAAGGUGUAAAAUGCAAGUAAAUGCAAGUAUGUUUUUUUGAAUGCCUUUAGGGAAAUUAAUGUGCUAUAUAUGUCCGUGUUCUUUAUCUUCUACGAUGAUACUAUCGAGGAUGAAAUAUAAAAUGAAUGUUUAGAGAACUUUUUAUCUUUCUAAAGUAACGUUGUUUUUCAACAACGAGUUUGAGCAACAUUUUGCUCGGAUUGUAUCAAUUUCAAUUAUAGAGAUAUAUGUUAGAAAGAGGGAAAAAAAAAGAGAAAAGACAAAAUUUCAACAGAAAUACAAACAUACGUAUAUUAUUCGCUCUUUGUAUUUACAAUAUAUUAUACGCUCUCUUAUCUUUAA